CCGUGAGGGUCGCCACUCCCGAGCGCGGCGUAGCGCGGGUGCGACCGUCCGAGAGAUGUCCAGUGAAAGGAUCAAAGUGAAGAGGAGCGACCGGCAGACCGGCGGCGCCAAAAAGGCUCCGGAUUCUUAGGAGAGGACCCCAACGAGGCCCUGCCGCGAUAAGGGCCCCGAUAACAAUACCUUCCCUCCGGUCCCAUUAUUCCCCUUAUUCCCGGUGUAACGUUUCCCCAGCAAAUAAGAAAAACUUGUCGUCAAGAGAAAUCGUUAUAAAUUCGUAGCAGCAGAGUACCAGCAGCACCAGCAGCAGUACCACCAGUAAUUUGCUGCUUUUAAAAUAUAUAUAUCUUCAUAAUUUGGGAGUGUGACAUUAAAGUUUAAAUAAUAAUAGUGACACACUGAGUUUUUAUGGAUUUAUGGUAAUUUUUUUUUUUCUCUUUUUUUUUUUAAAUAAUUAAAUAUUUUGUUGUUGUUGUUGUUGUUAUUGACAAGUGCGCGCGUGGUGUUGUAUUACAAGUGUUGAUAAUAAAAGUAUAAAAUAUAAAGCUUCUGGUGAGCUAGAAAGAAGGAGUAGCUCUGGCAAUAGUCAGCAAGGAGCCAACUUCCCGUGACUGGGAAGUAGGCAUCCUUAGGGAUUCAACGACGGUUGUGGAGGACUUGGUUGUGUCAUCUACGGCGACUACCAUCAUCCAGGAGCUGGUGGUAGUUGUACAGUAUAGGACUAUAAAAAAUAAAAAAAUUUGUGCUGGUGAUAAAGAGGAAAGCGGUGACGGAGGUGGAGGAGGAAAAGAACGAACGCUUGAGGGUGGUUGAUGAUAUGAUACUACUGGUUGAUGGUUAAAGCCUGGCACUAAAGUGCUUUCCAAGUGUUUUGCUGAACCAACAACAUCAUCAUCAUCAUCGUCAACAAAAACACCAACAACAACAGCAACAGUAACUGCAACAACAACAACUGAAGCAGUAUCAGCAUCAGCAGCAGCAGCAUAAAAGCUUCAAAAGAGGCUCUAGUGAUUUAUAUUUAUAAAUAAAGGGCAAGAUAGACAGGAAGUAACAAUGAAGUCUUAUGCACCAACAGCAUCGACCUCGUGGAGGAGCCUCACACUUUUAGCAAUCACCGUCGCUCUUCUACCCACCUUACACCACUCGCUCUUCGUGCAAGCCGCGGCUGCAGGUGGUAGCAUGUUGGGCGACGUUAAUAUUUCAGCAAUACUAGAUUCAUUUUCAGUUAGUUAUGAUAAAAGAGUAAGGCCGAAUUAUGGAGGUCCACCCGUAGAAGUUGGCGUCACCAUGUAUGUCCUCAGCAUCAGUUCUGUGUCGGAGGUGUUGAUGGAUUUCACGUUGGAUUUCUACUUCCGGCAAUUUUGGACUGACCCACGGCUCGCAUUUAAAAAGCGACCUGGAGUUGAAACGCUGAGCGUCGGUUCGGAAUUUAUUAAAAAUAUCUGGGUACCAGAUACAUUUUUUGUCAACGAAAAACAGUCGUACUUUCACAUUGCCACCACCAGCAACGAGUUCAUUCGUAUACAUCAUUCUGGCAGUAUUACUCGGAGUAUACGAUUAACAAUCACGGCUUCGUGUCCAAUGAAUCUACAAUACUUCCCGAUGGAUCGACAACUUUGUCACAUCGAAAUCGAAAGCUUUGGAUACACAAUGCGCGAUAUUCGGUACAAAUGGAACGCUGGCUAUCAAUCGGUCGGCAUCUCAAGCGAGGUGGAACUGCCGCAGUUUCGCGUACUCGGGCACAGGCAGCGACAACGAAACAUACAACUAUCUACAGGAAAUUAUUCUCGGCUAGCAUGUGAGAUCCAGUUCGUGCGAUCGAUGGGCUACUACCUGAUCCAGAUCUACAUACCCUCGGGAUUAAUCGUGAUAAUCUCAUGGGUGAGCUUUUGGCUAAACCGAAACGCAACCCCCGCUCGGGUCGCCCUCGGAGUAACCACUGUGCUCACCAUGACAACCCUCAUGUCCUCGACUAACGCGGCCCUCCCCAAAAUCUCCUACGUCAAGUCCAUCGAUGUCUACCUGGGAACUUGUUUCGUCAUGGUCUUCGCCUCACUCCUCGAGUACGCCACGGUCGGUUACAUGGCAAAGAGGAUCCAGAUGCGCAAGAAUAGGUUCCAAAAAAUAGCUGAGAGUAUGAAAGCUGCGAGGGAAAAUCCAGGACCACCAGGUGUACCUGGUGAUCAUGGUGAUCAUGCGCCUAAACAAACUUGGUCCCGUGUUGUCCAGGAGGUGCGGUUCAAGGUGCACGACCCAAAGGCACACAGUAAAGGCGGCACACUUGAGAACACUAUCAAUGGCCGGGCCGAUGAAGAAGCACCGCCGGCACCCCAGCAUCUGAUUCAUCCGACCAAAGACAUCAGCAAGCUCUACGGUACGCCAUCAAAGAAACGUGUAAUUUUUACAGGUAUCACGCCCUCGGAUAUCGACAAAUAUUCACGAAUUGUAUUUCCCGUGUGUUUUGUCUGCUUCAAUCUAAUGUACUGGAUUAUUUAUCUGCACAUCAGUGACGUUGUUGCGGACGAUCUGGUGCUGCUGGAGGAAGCUAAAUAAACAAAACGGUCAUCUAAAUCAAAUAAAUCUCUUCGUCAAGAUUACCGAGCUAAUAAAUCGCCAUCACGGGAUUUAAAUGUUCAACAAAUAAAAUAAAUAAUUUUAAAAUAAAAUUAUUGUACUAAAACCGUGCUGUGACUAAUUACGACUUUCAGGCACUGUGCGACACUCACUCGUCGCGUCGUCCAAUCAUAAAAAAAAAACAAAAAUUAAUUAUUAUAAAAUAAGAAUUUUAAACGGUCCUUUAAACAAAAGGAAAUGAUUUAUUAAUUUAAAAAAUCAAUAAAAUAUUUAAAAAAAUACAUAAAACCAAAAAAAAAAAAAAACAUGACCACUGCCGGCUAAAACCGGCGUAUCAAAUGGUCUACGCUCAAUGACUUUUUUUUCCUCGGGAAAAAACGCAAACACGAUCGCCGAAGUGACUUCAUAGCCUACUAAAUGGAGGAUUUUAAAAGAAAAAAAAAUAAUAAUUGAUUAUUAACCUCGUAGGUUGUUUAAAUAAUAAUAAUAAAAAAAAAUAUGCUCAUAAAGGAAGUAUUAGACAAAAUUAAAAUAUCUGUGAAAUAUUUAAGUGCAGGAGUCAAAAUUCUGCGAUCGUUAAGCGCAAUGAAGACUGAAGCAUGUCGAGCCGUAAUAAUAAAGCAUGGACGGAAAUAUAUGAAAAAUGUGAAGAAAAAAAUAAAUAAUAAUAGUAAUACUAAUACUAAUAAUAAUUAUAAUAAUAAUGUAUAUGUUAAAUAUGGUGAAAAAUAAUUGAAAAUACGAGGCGAGUGCGAAGACUUUGUUAUUACAUUGCAACGGUGUGUACAGUGCCGCGAAAGCCUUCAGAGACGAAUAUAAAUAUAUAAAUAUAGAUGUAUUAUAUUAAUAUUAUGAAUAUAUAUAUAUAUAUAUAUAUAUAUAUACAAAUAAUGUUAUGUAUCGAUUAAUGUAUGUGUCGGUGUGCAGAGUGCUCGCUAAAUUGACAAUUUUUUAAUUUUUUAUUUUUUCUAAAAUCGGUUCGGACAUUUAGAUAUUAAAGUUGAUAUAGUAUAGAAGUUAAAAAAUAAAUAAAUAUUAAAAAUUAUAUAUGCUUUUAAAUAACUCUCGUUUAUAAAAAUCAACCAUUACCUCUAAAAAUUUUCUAACUAAAUAUAAUCAUUAGAAAUCACCCUGCACAUCACACAGAUAUUGAUUAAUAUAUAACACAUAAUAUAUAUAUAUAUAUAUAUAUAUAUAUACGAUAUACCUUUAAAAGCAUUGCCAGUAUAUCUCUAUAUAGUAACGUCGUAAAAGCAGUUAUUAUAUAUAUUAAUAAAUAAAUAAUAAUAAAUUUUUUCGGUAUAAAUACGUCAAUUUAGCCACUGUAGUUUAUUAUUAUUAUUAUUAUUAUUAAAAUAUAAGCAUUCGAUUAUAGGCAUAAUCGUGGCUCAAAACUUGCUACUAAAUUUUUUUUUAACCAAUUAUAAAUAAAUAAAUUAAUUAAUUAAUUAAUAAAAUAAAUAAACGAUUUGAUACAAGUGAUUAAAUAUUAUUAUAAUUAAUGGACAAUGCCAAGUUAUUCAGUGGAACUGCUAUUUGUAAAUGAUAAAUAUUUAAAGUGACAAGUGUUUUUUUUUCUUUUUUUUUUAAGUUUAAUAUUUUUUACGUUUCCACAAUUUCAUUUAUUUAAUGAAUUAAUAUAAAAAAAAUAUAUACAUAUACAAUAAAAAUAAUAAUAAUAAUUAAAGGUUGAUUGAAUAAAGUAUGACGAUAAAUAUGAUUGUUAUCACGUAAUAUAUGUAAUUAGUUAUUAAUUAGUGGAAGGGUUGUAAUAAUUGUUGAUUAUUACACAUGUCUGUGUAUGACUCGAGACUGACGAGAAUGUUAAUUGAUUAUUAUUAUUACUUAAUUAUAAAAUACAUAUUUAAUGUUUAUUGAUUAUUAAUUAUUAAUUACCAAAGAAAUUUAUAAUUAUUAUUAUUAUUAUUAUUAUCAUCAAAUCGUUAAUUUUAUUUAAUCAGGUAGAAUAGAAUUAUAAAGAUAAUUAUUGAGGAUUAUCGAUAAAUCGGUACGUUUGUAGAUAUAAAUAUAUAUAUAGAUACAUAUAUUUAUAAAAAUACCUGGAUUGUAAGCGUGUGAUAAUCGGCCCGGGAAAUAUUUAAUUAGUUAUAUUUUUUUAUUAUUUAAUAAUUGGAUUAAUUAUUUGGCGCGUAAAUAAAUGUCACGAAGCAACGAAACUCGACGAUAUUUCCUACGAUUUAUAUUCCUAAAUAUCUAUGUAUAAUAAAAUAUAUUUAAUUAACGCCUUCCACCGGUUAUCGAUGCUUCGUGUUAAAUAUUUCCCGAGGCUAGGGAUCAAGGCUCCUCGGAUUUUUAUUCUUUAUCUUUUGUUAUUAAUUCAAUAAAUUUAAUUUAAUUACUUCACUGUAAAAAGAGCGGUGUUAAAAAUGGACUCAUUUUAACUCCGCCCGGUGUUAAAAUAAAAUUACACCGGUGUUAAAAAUACCGGUGUUAAAUCGGGGUAACCGGUGUAAAAGCGGAGUAAAAUCGGUGUAAAGGCGAGGUAACCGGUGUAAAAACGGAGUAACAUCGGUGUAAAAGCGGGAUAACCGGUGUAAAAGUAGGGUAAACUGCGUCCGCUUGGAUUAUUAACUUUAAAGAUUAUAAAACACAAAAAAUGUCAGUUCUUUAUGAAAAUUAAUAAAGAAUAUCAUUUAUUAUUAACAAGUAUAGUGAUCGAGUAAGUAAAAAUAUUCACAAAGUAAAAUAUUUUAACACUGGUAAAGAAUAUCUACACCGGCAGCGGUGUUAUUUUAACACCGGUCUCGAAUAUUUACACCGGUGACAGCGUUAUUUCCACACCGCUUUCAGGGGUAAAUUUAACACCGAUAAUUUUAACACCUACACCGUUUGGACUUACCCCGGUGAUUUUUUAUAGUGUUUACUUUAAUAAAUAAAUGACAAAAUAGUGAUAAUUGUAAUGUUCAUUUUAGUAAACUUUUAAUUUUUUUAUUAUUACUUGAUAUUUUUUACUUCUUGACGUCAACGUGCAGCUUAAUUCAUCUCCUACUCACUCUCAGUCUUUAUCUUCCUCAUUUUUAUAUUUAUUUUCUUUUUUUUUUACUCCCAUCAGCGCAUUAUUUUAUUUUCAUUUUUUUUUUUUAUUU